GAAGUUUUACUCUGACACUUCCCGGAAGUUCUCCCUGACUGGUUUCGCUGCCAGAGGGGGAUCUGAGUGCGAAAAUGGCGACGUCUCGUCGCACUUCCCAGCAGCAACAACAACAAAACUUAUCCUCCCCACCAAGACCCGACCCCAGUCCCCUCACUCCUCCAGAGUCCCCCACAGACACCGGCGGCUCUGCGGCUGGCGAGAGGCCGGAAAGCAUCGGUGAUCUGGAGAUCGCUGCUGAAGUCCCCGCUCCGCUUCUCAGCACCAGCAGCAGCAGCUCCAGCUCGAGCAGCGCUAGCUCGUCUACCACCGGCGGGGGCAGUAGUGCGGGCUCCACUCCCGACUCCGGUAGUGCCAGUCCUGGAGGCAGCGUCUGCGGGACGAGUGGGGCUUUCAGGGAGCUAUUUGAGGCCUGCAGGAAUGGGGACGUGUCUCGGGUGAAGAGGCUGGUGGAUUCGGUCAAUGUAAACGCAAAGGACAUGGCCGGGCGCAAGUCCACCCCGCUUCACUUCGCUGCAGGUUUUGGAAGGAAAGACGUGGUGGAACAUCUCUUGCAGACGGGGGCAAAUGUGCAUACACGAGACGAUGGGGGAUUGAUCCCGCUGCACAAUGCCUGUUCCUUCGGUCACGCCGAGGUGGUCAGCUUGUUGCUUUGUCAAGGAGCCGAUCCCAAUGCCAGAGACAACUGGAAUUACACUCCACUCCAUGAAGCCGCCAUCAAGGGCAAAAUUGACGUAUGCAUCGUUCUGCUCCAGCACGGUGCCGAUCCCAACAUCCGCAACACUGACAGCAAGUCUGCCCUGGACCUGGCUGACCCGUCCGCUAAAGCUGUUCUCACCGGCGAAUACAAGAAGGACGAACUCCUGGAAGCUGCGAGGAGCGGAAAUGAAGAGAAGCUCAUGGCCCUGCUCACGCCGUUAAACGUCAACUGCCAUGCCAGCGACGGUCGUAAGUCGACAUCUCAGAAAAUGCUGUCUACUCCAUUGCAUCUGGCAGCUGGAUACAACCGAGUCCGAAUAGUUCAGCUUCUCCUGCAACAUGGCGCUGAUGUUCACGCUAAAGAUAAAGGUGGUCUUGUUCCUCUACACAAUGCCUGCUCAUAUGGACACUAUGAAGUCACAGAGCUACUGCUAAAGCAUGGGGCGUGCGUUAAUGCCAUGGACCUCUGGCAGUUCACCCCUUUGCACGAGGCUGCCUCCAAGAAUCGUGUGGAGGUGUGUUCCCUGCUGCUGAGUCACGGAGCCGAUCCCACGCUGGUCAACUGCCACGGGAAGAGCGCGGUGGACAUGGCCCCGACCCCAGAACUCAAAGAGAGGCUCACAUACGAGUUUAAGGGCCACUCUCUCCUUCAGGCAGCACGGGAAGCAGACAUGACCAAGGUGAAGAAGACCCUAGCUUUGGAGAUCAUCAACUUCAAGCACCCACAGACACAGGAAACGGCACUGCACUGCGCUGUCACCUCUCCUCACCCAAAACGAAAACAGGUCACUGAACUGCUGCUACGGAAAGGAGCCAAUGUCAAUGAGAAGAACAAAGACUUCAUGACGCCUCUCCAUGUGGCAGCAGAACGGGCACACAACGAUAUCAUGGAGGUUCUGCAGAAACACGGGGCGAAGAUGAAUGCUGUUGACACGCUGGGUCAGACGGCGUUGCACCGGGCGGCUCUGGCGGGACACUUGCAGACAUGCAGGCUACUUUUGAGUUAUGGAGCCGACCCCACCAUCGUCUCCCUGCAGGGCUUCACAGCCGCACAGAUGGGCAAUGAAGCUGUACAGCAGAUCCUUAACGAAAACAUUCCAGUGAGGAAUUCAGACGUGGAUUAUAGACUCUUAGAAGCAGCUAAAGCAGGAGACUUGGACACUGUGAAGCAACUUUGCUCCCCUCAGAAUGUGAACUGUCGAGACCUGGAGGGUCGUCACUCCACUCCGCUCCACUUUGCCGCCGGAUACAAUCGCGUGGCUGUGGUUGAGUAUCUCCUGCACCAUGGCGCCGAUGUCCACGCCAAAGACAAAGGAGGUUUGGUGCCGCUGCAUAACGCCUGCUCCUAUGGCCAUUACGAAGUGGCGGAGCUGCUGGUCAGACACGGAGCGUCCGUCAACGUGGCCGACCUGUGGAAGUUCACUCCGCUGCAUGAGGCGGCGGCCAAGGGCAAAUACGAGAUCUGCAAACUGCUUCUGAAGCAUGGAGCAGACCCCACCAAGAAGAAUCGGGACGGAAACACUCCAUUGGACAUGGUGAAGGAGGGAGACACAGAUAUCCAGGACUUGCUGAGAGGAGAUGCGGCGCUUUUGGAUGCCGCCAAAAAAGGCUGCCUGGCCCGGGUCCAGAAACUGUGCUGCUUGGAGAACAUCAACUGUAGAGACACACAGGGACGCAACUCGACUCCGCUGCACCUGGCAGCUGGCUAUAACAAUCUGGAGGUAGCGGAGUAUUUACUUGAGCAUGGGGCGGACGUCAACGCGCAGGACAAAGGUGGCCUUAUUCCUCUCCACAACGCGGCCUCAUACGGGCAUGUGGACAUCGCGGCCCUGCUGAUCAAGUAUAACACCUGUGUAAAUGCCACUGAUAAAUGGGCCUUCACACCCCUCCAUGAGGCUGCGCAGAAGGGCCGCACACAGCUCUGUGCUCUGCUGCUGGCCCACGGAGCCGACCCCACCAUGAAGAACCAGGAGGGCCAGACGCCGCUGGACUUGGCAACUGCUGAUGAUAUCCGGGCGCUGCUGAUUGAUGCCAUGCCCCCUGAAGCGUUGCCUAGUUGUUUCAAGCCCCAGGCUACAGUGGUCAGUGCCUCUGUCAUCUCUCCAACAUCUACCCCUUCCUGUCUGUCCGCCGCCAGCAGCAUAGACAAUCUGGCCGGGCCCCUGACAGAGCUGGUCGUACCUGGAGCCUCAGGCCCUGCUGAUGGGGCAACUGCAUCCGAGAGGAAGGAGGGAGAAAUAACAAUUCUGGAUAUGAACAUCAGUCAGUUCCUGAAGAGUUUGGGUUUGGAGCAUUUGCGGGAUAUUUUCGAGCGGGAACAGAUUACGCUGGAUGUGCUGGCUGACAUGGGGCACGAGGAGCUCAAAGAGAUCGGGAUCAACGCAUACGGCCACAGACACAAACUCAUCAAAGGCAUUGAGAGGCUGCUGGGCGGUCAACAAGGUGCCAACCCAUACCUGACAUUCCACUGUGCGAGUCAGGGCACGGUGCUGAUCGACCUGGCCCCUGAUGACAAAGAGUUUCAGUCUGUAGAGGAGGAGCUGCAAAGUACGAUCAGAGAGCACAGGGACGGUGGCAAUGCUGGGGGUGUUUUCAGCAGAUACAACAUCCUGAAGAUUCAGAAGGUGGUGAACAAGAAGCUGAGGGAGCGGUACGCACACAGGCAGAAGGAGAUCGCAGACGAGAACCACAACCACCACAACGAGCGCAUGCUCUUUCACGGGUCACCGUUCAUCAACGCCAUCAUUCAUAAAGGGUUUGAUGAGAGGCACGCUUACAUUGGAGGGAUGUUUGGAGCAGGGAUCUACUUUGCAGAGAACUCUUCUAAAAGCAACCAGUAUGUGUACGGCAUCGGUGGAGGGACAGGCUGCCCCACACAUAAAGACCGCUCCUGUUACAUCUGUCACAGGCAGAUGCUGUUUUGCCGGGUGACUCUGGGUAAAUCCUUCUUGCAGUUCAGUGCCAUGAAGAUGGCCCACGCUCCUCCAGGGCACCAUUCCGUCAUUGGCCGACCCAGCGUCAACGGGUUAGCCUACGCCGAAUACGUCAUCUACCGAGGGGAACAAGCCUUCCCAGAGUACCUCAUCACAUACCAGAUCAUCAAGCCAGACAGCACACCUUCAUCCCCGACAGCAGCGGAGCAGAAGUCCUAGUCCAUGCGGGCGGCCCUGCGAAACGCUCAGACUGUUCCCCAAACAACUCACACACAUCCACAGAUGCCUCCUCACAUGAUAGAAACAUCCACUCACCCUUAAACCUCAGCGCUGCCUCUUUAAUUUGCGGUUAGGCUCCAUUUCUGUCCCCUUGAGUGUUUACAAGAAAGAGUUGCCUCGGCUGGCUGUGUCCUCCCCCUCCUCUUCAGGUCAAAGGUCAGGAUAUCGGCCAUAAUGCUGUUUCAGGCAUAAACGAAAGGACUCCGUGAAAGACAACAAGUGACCUCUUCCCCAUCAUUCUACUCAAUUUAACACUCUUCAAGCAUUAACUUCCUUUCUUUGAAAUGGUUUUACUAUUACUGUGAUUAAUUACCUUACUAUUUUAUUUCCAAAAAUUUGAUUCACAAUAACGGACCACGUCUUAAAGGGACCCGACAUUUCAGCAAUCUUCCUUUGCAUUAUUGAAGUUCACUGAAGACCCUAAAAAUCUCAUUGUUGUAGUUUUAUUUUUUCUUAAUGCAUUGUUAUUACAAAAAGCCUUAGAGGGGUUUUAAAACAAAAAGAAUGUUGAUGCAGAGACCAGAAAUUUUCAAACGGCCUUUGAAAAUUGUUUCUUUUUUUGGUACUUAUUUUUUUUUAUUUUAUUUUAUUUUAUUUUAUUUUAUUUUAUUUUACAUAUCUUUGCACAGGAAGACUGGUCAGAAUGUCCCAUUCCAUUGCCAUAGCCCAAUCUGAAAGUGCAUGUUUUAAAGAAUUUGCACUUUUAGGCAGGACUUAAGUUAUUCAGAAUAAUUCUAAAAAGAUGUAGGUAAAAAAAAAAAAAAAAAAAAGUCCAGUAAUGUACAGGUUGUGUAAUGGACAAUGCCUUUGUAUAGGUUUUAAUGUUGUUUACCGAUGCAGAGUGGGUUUUAUUAGUACUGUAAAGGAAGUGGGAAUUCUUGCUUUCAGAUCUUUCCUUAUUUUUUCGGACGACCAAGCGGCUCCGCUUUGGAAGUCGCUCUUUUGCUUACGAUAUGUUUUGGAUCACAACCACAGGAAUUCCUCGGUCUUGUUCAUUCCAGUCCUGUUUCUCUGGCGUCAGAGAAACGUCUCUUUUACGAGGGUCUCCGUAACGGUUUUCCUGUUACACACUACUGAUGUGAGCGGCUCGACUGACUCGCGUUCAUGUUACAGAAUGAAAUGAAGGACGUGGCUCUACCUCUGGAAGUCUCACGGUUUGGUUGCUUUGCUCAGGUGUAGUUUAUGGUUCUGUACGUGUGUACUGGAGGUCAUCUGCCUUACUCCAGGAAUCUGUGUGUUCAAACCAGAGAGAAAGAAAGCAGACCUUUCUUCUCCUCUUAGUAGUAUGAGCACAGACAUGUCCUCUGCUCCCCUCAAGCCAAUACGUGGGAGACAAUUCCUGAACUGUUUCUCAAUUCUCUGAGCUGUAAUUUUACUUUAUUUCCAUGUUCCUCUGAACUUUAAUCAGAAACGGCUUAUCUACCAUAAGCCAUCUGCGGACUAAUCAAACACUCCUUAAUCAUGUAAAAUGGUCUUAAUAAAGUACGUCAUAAAUGA